AUGAAUGAGAAUGAAUGUUUAAAUGACUUUUCAUCUAGAAUUGUUGAAGUUGGUAAUAAUAUGAUGAUGUGUGGUGAGAAGAUGGAAGAAAUAAGAAUUUGGGAAAAGAUUUUGAUAUGCUUGCCGGAAAAAUUUGAACCCACUGUGGCGGUUUUGGAAGAGACUAAAGAUUUCUCAACAUUAAAGUCACAAGAGUUAUGGGAUUCCUUGAAGGUGUAUGAGCAAAGGUUGUUAAGACACUCCGAAAAGUCAAUUGUGAGUGCAUUUCAAUCAAAAUUCAACUUGGAUUCAAAAAAUUCAGUAACAAAGAAAAAUGAGUACAAGGGUGAAUCAACAUCAAACUUCAAAGGAAAAGAAAAAUGGAAUAAAGGAGGAGCUAAUUCCAACAACUAUACAAAGAGUGAUUCGUCUCAAGUACCAAGAUGCAAUUUUUGCAAGAAGAAUGGUCACUUGGAGAAGAAUUAUUAG